AUGCCGGAAUCCGUGGAUCGUGCCGAGAAGAAGCGUAAGCUUCAGGACGGCCCUGAACUCGAGAUCGAUGUUUCUGCGCCGGAACCCCAAUCGAAGAAAGCUUUGCGCCAAGCCAAAAAGAACAAGACCAGCGGAGGUUCUAAAGAUGCCGAAGAUACUUCGUCCGGAAAACCCGAGUCUAAAUCGACUGCUGAAUCGCAGCCUAUCCCCGGAAAGCGUUCUCCCUGGGGAAUCUGGAUUGGAAAUAUGGUCUUCUCGACGUCGGAGAAGGAGCUUAUCGAUCACCUUGUCAAAUUUUCGGGACUUGAAGAAUCUACAAUUACUCGGGUGAACCUGUCCAAGGGCCCGGAGAAGUUUGGCAGACCUCAAAACAAGGGUUUCGCGUACAUCGACUUUUCGACCAAGGAAGCCCAGGACACAGCCGUGGAAAAGGUGAACGAGACGCUUCUGACAGGCCGUCCGUUGUUGAUCAAGCCUUCAAACAACUUCGAGGUGGCAACCCCCCCAUCUCGACGACUCUAUGUCGGCAACCUCAGUUUCGACACUACCAAGGAGGCUCUCGAAGAACAUUUCGGCCGAUGCGGCACCUUGACCCAUGUACACCUUGCGACUUUCCAAGAUUCAGGAAAGUGCCGUGGAUUUGCCUGGGUGGAAUUUGAAGAUAUUGCGGUCGCGGAAGCAGCGGUGAGGGGAUUUGUGAUGGUCAAGGAGGAAGAGGAAGAGGAGUCAUCGGACAGCUCUGACUCGGAGUCCGACGACGAGAAGAAGAAGAAGAGAAAGGCCAAGAAGCCUCGCAUGCAGAAAGUCUGGGUGAACAACCUUCUGGGUCGUCGCCUUCGCUUUGAAUUCGCAGAAGAUGCGCAAACCCGAUACAAGAAGCGCUUUGGCAAGGACAGGGAGGGAGGAAAGAAUGAAGAUGGCUCUUCCGAAGAGCAACCCCGCAUGCGCAAGCCCCGGAAGCAAGAGAUUGACGAGACUCGCUAUUCCAAGGAAACCGUGCAACGACUCAGCGGUGCGAUUGUCGAGGGACAGGGCAAGAAGGUCAACUUCGACUAA